UCUUUUCUUUCUUCAACUUUUUGUUGUCCCUUCAUUCCAAGCGUACUUUUGUCUUGUCGCUGCCUUUGCCUCUGCGUUUUCUGUUGUCCCACUUUCCUUUCUUUUCAUCACUCCAAACUUCCAGCAUGGCCCGCCAGACUCGCUCUUCUCUGCGUGGUCGUGAAUCACCUGCUCCCGAAACCGCUUCUUCCAUGUCUACAAAACGAUCAUCCCUACCUAGAAAACCUACAACGAUUCCAGACUCAGAUCAAGCCGCCAGUGAUCAAGACCAAGUGCCCAUCGCCACCACCAGAUCCAGAUCAAAGUCUCAAGUUCAAGUCGUCAUUCCCGUCAUGUCUUCCCGCGCAAAGGCAGCAGUCCGCUCCAACAGUCCCUCGUCACUAUCCUCGCCUGACAGUCAAAAUGCUCUGCCAAUUGACACCCCGGCCACGAGUGCUAGUGUCACUCCGGAGCCCGGUAAACUCGGACGCAUCGCAAACAAGAGAAAGAGAGAGAUUGAUGACGAUGCUGCGCUUGCAAGAUCCUUGCAAGAGGAAGAAUGGGCAUUGCCUCCCAAGAAGAUCAAGACUGAGCCUACCAACACUAGAAGAUCUAUGAAGGCUGCCGUUAUUGCAAACUCGGACGAAGAUGAGGGAGGCGAGGAUCUUAGUGAUCUCUCGUCGGUCGUGUCCUUCAAAACCGAACAGGACUCUGAAGAGGAAGAGUCUUUCAACAAGAAACCCAAGACCAGGGGUCUACGCAAAACGGUGCCAGACACCGACGACGAAGAAAAGCCUCUGAAAUACGAGUCACGCCUUUCCAAAGCCCGCGCCGGUAAGAAAGCUGUGGUUUCCAAGCAACGAAACUCCGUCACAGUCCCCGACAGCGACAGCGACAGCGAAUUAUCGACCCUUUCGGAAAUCGCAGACGCCGACUUGACAACCGAGGACGAGUUUCGUUCAGAAGAUGCUCACUCAGGUGCUGCCGAGACCUCGGACGAUGAUGACGAUCUACCAUUGGCUCAGCGUAGGUCCUUUGGUACCGGCGCCGCCACGAACUUCCGCCGCCGACGAGGUCAGGCUAACCUUCUGGACCAAGACCUCGGCGCUGAAAUCAAAAAGGUCAGAAUGUCCAGAAAGGACCGCGAGAGACUGAAGCUGGAAAAGGCACAUCCUUUGAUCAAGACCAUGUGGAAAGAUCUCGAGGCCAUUCCCAUCGUCAAAGGAGUCGCCGGUACACAACCGCCAUCAAUCAACCGCAAGCUCAAGUCAUAUCAGCUUGAGGGUGUUGAUUGGAUGAUCAAGCAGGAGCAGUCGAACUACAAGGGAGGUCUCCUCGGUGAUGAGAUGGGUAUGGGCAAGACAAUCCAGGCUGUGUCUCUCAUCAUGUCGGAUUACCCCCAGAAACAGCCAACUCUUGUUCUGGUUCCCCCAGUCGCCCUGAUGCAAUGGUCUCAGGAAAUUGGCGAAUACACUGAUGGCAAGCUCAAAGUCCUGGUAUACCACGGCACAAACGCCAAGUCCAAAGGCAUGAAGGUGAACGAGCUGAAGAAGUACGAUGUCAUCAUGAUUUCGUACAACAGUCUCGAGUCAUUACAUCGCAAGGAGACGAAGGGUUGGUCUCGUAACGGCGAUCUCAUCAAAGAAGCAUCACCCAUUCAUGCCCUUACCUACCAUCGCCUGAUCCUGGAUGAAGCCCACAGUAUCAAGACGAGAACUACCCAAGUCGCCAAGGCUUGCUUUGCAUUGAAGGGUAAAUACAAGUGGUGCUUGUCCGGCACUCCCGUCCAAAAUCGCAUCGGCGAGUUCUUCUCUCUCCUUCGCUUCUUGGAGGUCAGACCGUUCGCAGACUACUUCUGCAAGAAGUGCCCCUGCUCUCUUCUGCACUGGUCUCUCGAUGCUCAGCACAUGUGUACCGAAUGUAAGCAUACUGGAAUGGAGCACGUCUCGGUGUUCAACCAGGAGUUGCUCAACCCUAUCACUCAGUCUGAAGACUCGCAACUGCGUUCGGAGGCCAUGGAUAAGCUGUUCCUCAUCACAUCUCGCAUCAUGCUCCGUCGCAUGAAGCGCGACUAUGUUAGCUCGAUGGAGCUUCCGCCCAAAGAGGUCAUUGUGCACAACGAGUUCUUCGGAGACAUCGAGCGUGAUUUCUCUCAGAGCAUCAUGUCCAACACAGCUCGCCAGUUCGACACCUAUGUCUCGCGCGGUGUCAUGUUGAACAACUACGCCAACAUCUUUGGUCUCAUCAUGCAGAUGCGUCAGGUAUCCAACCACCCAGAUCUGAUUCUCAAGAGAAAGACGGCCGAAGGCAUGAACGUUCUUGUCUGCAACAUUUGCGACGAACCGGCCGAGGAGCCCAUCCGUUCGAAGUGCAAGCACGACUUCUGCAGAACCUGCGUCAAAAAUUACGCCCAAUCCAUGGAAGACACCGCCGGCGAAGCAGACUGCCCUCGCUGCCACAUCCCGCUGUCAAUCGAUUUUGACCAGGUCGAGUUGGAGCAGAAUGAGGAGGCAGUCAAGAAGAACUCGAUCAUCAACCGCAUCAAGAUGGAGAACUGGACUUCGUCUACCAAGAUUGAGAUGCUUGUGUAUGACUUGUACAAGCUCCGCAGCAAGAAGCAGACUCUCAAGUCGAUCGUCUUUUCGCAGUUCACGUCGAUGCUGCAGCUCAUCGAGUGGCGUCUUCGUCGCGCCGGCUUCAACACGGUCAUGCUUGAUGGUAGCAUGACUCCCCAACAGCGCCAAAAGUCGAUCGAGCAUUUCAUGACGGAUCCAGACGUCGAGGUGUUCCUUGUGUCCCUGAAGGCUGGUGGUGUUGCCCUCAACUUGACCGAGGCUUCUCGCGUCUUCAUUGUCGACCCUUGGUGGAACCCCGCCGCCGAGUGGCAAAGUGCAGAUCGCUGUCACCGCAUCGGGCAGAGACGUCCUUGCGUUAUCACACGAUUGUGUAUCGAAGAUUCUGUCGAAUCACGCAUUGUCAUGUUGCAAGAGAAGAAGGCCAACAUGAUCAACGGAACCAUCAACAACGACAGAGUGGCCAUGGAGAAGCUCACUCCCGAAGACAUGCAGUUCCUGUUCCGCGGCAAUUAGAGUGUCUCUCGAGGAGACGUCGCUCUGCUUUGCUCUCCUUUCCACGUUGCGCCAAGUGAUUCCCUUCCAACUUUACGUUUUUUUCCCCUCACCAAACCACCAACAUCAGUUAUAUUACAGAUGAGAAGAUCCUGGGAGGACAUGGUGGUACACAAAUUCCUGCAGCAUGAUUACACGGUUUAACGAUAUUGCAUUGCUUUGUCUUACAUUUUUCCAGUGGCGGAGAUUGCCACUUUGCUACCUUUAAAUAGCGGUUACAUUUUGUACGAUAGAGUGGAUUUAUACCAAAAACACCAAAAACGAGUGUUGAGUUUUGUU